CGACCCGGCCCAGCCGGCUCCGCCCGUCGGGGCCGCACUGCUGACUCAGCCGCGGGGGGGCCCGGAGGGCGCCCCGGCCCCGCGGGCGUGGCGGCCGGGGGGGGGGCUGCCCUCCGCCCUCCGGGGAGAUAAAGAGCGGCGGCCGCAGCGCGCCCGCGUCUCUCGGCGCCGCCGGCAGCAUGACGGCCAUCGGGGCGCAGGCACAGCAGCUGCUGGCACACCGGAGACCACAGAAAUCCUUCUUUGAGACACUCAUCAGGAGCCUGAUCAUCCUGUGCGUGGCGAUAGCCGUGGUCUUGUCAUCCAUCUCCAUCUGCGAUGGCCGCUGGCUCUUUGCGAGGGGGCAGCUCUUUGGACUGUGGCACUUCUGCACCGUUAGCAAUGACAGCGUCCUGAAGUGUGUCACAGACCUCAGCCUGGCCCAGGUGGAGGGGCUGAGCGUGGGGGUGAUUCCCAUCAGGAGCAUGGUGUCCUUUGCCGUUGUGGUUGCCAUAUUUGGGCUGGAGCUGCUGAUGGUGUCCCAAGUUUGCGAUGAUGCCAAUGCCAGGCGGAAAUGGGCAAUGGGUUCCGUUCUCAUCCUCAUCUCUUUUUUGCUGUCAGCCACUGGUGUUCUGAGCUUCUCCAUCCUGGUGAAGGAUCACCUCACCUUCACAGGCUUCACGCUGACAUACUGGUGUGAGUUCAUUGCUGCCUUUCUCUUCUUCCUUAAUGGAAUCAGUGGACUUCACAUCAACAGCCUCACACACCUCAGGAACGGGGUAGGCAAAAUCUAGGCACAAAAGAUGUACCUCUGCCUUUGUGUAAUCAGCUUUGCCAAUUAGACUGGAAAAAAGAGAGUCUAAUGAAGUUUGAGAAGGAGGCCCUGUCUUAAUUUGUGUGCAAGGAGGGGAAGCAUGAGUCAGUCUUAAUGCCUGUAGAAGACAGAACCACCCACUGGUCAGCAUGGAGGGCUGUGCAACACCAGCCAAGCAGAGACUGGACUGACUGCAACUGCAGUGUGGUUUUCUGGAGGAGUGGAUUAAAGCAGAAGGUGUCCUGUUAAACAUGCAGAGAUUUGGAAGACUUCAAUCUAUCCCACAUAUUGACCUGAGGCUUGCACAACACCUGCACUGCUGUGGGUUUGGUGUUGCUGUGCUUUUCCCCAUAUUCACAUACCUAUGAAGAGUGUGAUACAACUUCGGUGUGUCUCAUGGGUUUGUUCUGGCUCAGGGACAGAUGAUUUCUGCCUGGCCAUGCUCACUGGUGUGGAGUAUUGAAAAUCUUCACUGGAUCUUACUUCAUUUUUCUUUCAAAAGAGAAGGCACACAGAACUUGAUCUGGUCACAGGCUUUGUUUACUUCUGGCAUGUUCCCUUUAUCUGUUCUUUUCUUGGUCAGUUUUUUGGUGAUACUUCAGACAGAGGUGCUGACCUGGGGCCAGGAGUAGAUAGAUGUUGGGUGAUGGAGGUGCACAGGGAAGGGAUGUGAUGCUUUCCUCAGGCAGCAAUGCAUAUCCAUAUGUUUGUGGCCUCUCCCCAGUGUCACCACUCUCCUGCCACCCCUGAAGGACAUGUGCCAACAGGUGAGCCAAACUGGCUCUCACAACCCUUGCAAAGUUUACGGUAACAGGGCAUUUCUCUUGUUUUGUUUUUUUUUCUUUGUUCUUUGGGGCAAGAGGGACAAGCUCUGCAGAGGCUUCAUGGGGUGUUGUGGCUGGGCAGACCAUGCAGAGGCCACCAUAACUUCUGGGAUGUGUUUUGAUUAUCACGGUCUCCUCUGGGGCAGUGGGAAAUCUGCUUCCUGUAGCAUUUCUUAUGGGAGGAGAAAACCCUGGAUCCUCCUAACCAGAUCAGGUCCUUUUCUUCCUCUAACAGUGAGCCUGGGAGGAGAAGCAGCCCGUGAUUGCCUAAGGAGGGGCUGAUGGGUGCAGCUCUAAUCUGUCACCACUGGUAGAAAUGUUGAGAGACCUGGCCAAAACUAUUAUAUAAAGGCUGGUCUUCCUUCUGCCAAUGUCUGAGUCAAGAUCGCUAAAAUUGCUACAGCUUUGAAGUUCUCCGUGGUGUCUUACAUAAAAGGAGAGAAGACCUCACUUGUAGAGUAGAUUGCCCUACAUGUGUUCUCCCUGUCCAGCACACAGCAUUCGGUUGCUCACAGGUAAAACUGUCUUCAGACUAUUCCAGGGUUUCUGGUUUACUAUUUGCUUUGUAUCCACUAGUAAAGCUGCUUAUAUCCUUGUUUUAGAACAAAUGUUUCUACAUGCUUCAUCCAUGUACCUUGUCUGUUGAGCAAGGUUUUAGCUUCCUGUGCAGCAAGUUUGACACAGUUUUUCACCUGAAACAAAUGCAUCUUAGCACAGAGGCCAAAAAGCCUGUGUAGGUAAGCCAUGAGUAAAUAGCUUUGUCUUUGAAAGCUAAGAAUCUUAAGCUGUGCCUGAGCUGAAUGUGCCACACUUUGAUGAAUGUGCUCCUGUGGACUGGCUUGCUUUCAGGAGGACAGUCUCCACUCCUUCUUGGACUUCUGUAACUUCUUAAGACAACACUCCUAAGCCUGUUUUGCAAUGCAGGUUCAGAUUUGGCUUGCUCUGGACAGUGCCAGUUGUACUUUUGCACAUGAAUCUGCUCAUCUUUCUGUCAAGAUGAUGCAGAGCUGUGCUAUCAGACAGCUCCUGAAGCUCUUGUAAUGUUUGGAGCUUUGCUGAGGUUUCGUGGCCAUUCUCAAUGACAAGGACUUGUGCCCUUAACUUGUCUCUGGAAAACUGCACUGUGACUGUGUCUGUUUGCGAGAGUGCUUUUGGUUUGCUGAAUGGCAUUGUUGAAGAUGUGCUGCUGGGCUGAACUUGCAGAUGCUUGUGUGAGAUGGUGCUGUUGGCUUUAGCAGAGACAUUUAGGCCAAAGAGACCCUGCAAAGUCUGGUCCCAAACUGUUGCACUUUGUUGUUACCAGGUGUACCAGCAGUAUCUUAACUAACCAAUAAUAAAGUUGUGAAGCCCACAGGUUCCCGUGCCAGGCAGGACAGCUCCGCUACGUGUAAGGGUGUCUAUGGCUUGUCUAGAAA